AUGGUGUGUGUGAGACGUCAGUUGGUGUGUGUGACGUCAGUUGGUCUGUGUGUGAAGUCAGUGGGUGUGUGUUGUGACGUAAGUUGGGUGUGUGACGUCACAGUUGUUGGUGUGUGUGACGUCAGUGUGUGUUGUGACGUUCAGUUGGUGUGUGGUGUGAGUCAGUUGGUGUGUGUGAGUCAGUGGGUUGGGGGUGGUGUGGAGUCAGUUGGUGUGUGUGACGGUCAGGUGGUGUGUGUGACGUCAGUUGGUGUGUGGUGA